GCCGCCCAUAGUUAGUGAUUAUAGCGUAACGUUAACCGGCUGGCCAGGUAUCAACACAGCCAGUCAGUGCACUUGUUGGUGAUACGUGGAUUCAACCUGAAGAACAAAAAUGAAAGCAGUUGUCUGAGGAUGUUUCUGGACCAUCUGACAUGAAAAAGAAAAUACUUUCAUGUUUUAGAUUUCAACAUGUCCUUGAGUGCAGUCCACUCCACACUGUCUAGUCUGAAAACAUGUCAGACAGAUAUUGGAACGGGGAUGGACAUUGUGACCGACGUUGCUCUGGACGUGGCAGAAACAGCAGGAACUGAGAAUGACGCAGUCCUGAAGAAGCUGGAGGUGAUGAUGCUGGAGUGUGCCAAACUGGACCAGGAGAUCAACUGCUUCGUUGAGGUGGUGAACUGUGUCACUGCAGAGGUGAGGAACCAGGAGCCCGAGGCCAUGUUCAGACUGAAGUCUCUGGUGAAGGAGAAGUUCACUGAGACACACGGCAGUCUGUCUGAGGGAGAGCUGCAGAACCACGUCAAGCUGGUCAGCUUUAAGGAGAACGUCAGAAACGCACUCAAAACAGUGAACCCUGAGGCAGCAGAGAAUAUGGAUGAGGAUAUGGAUGAGGACGUUGCUGUGACGCAGAGUGAAGUUAACUUCACCUGUCCCCUGACUCAGGUGGAGAUGGUGAACCCCAUGAAGAACCAGAAGUGUAACCACCACUACGACCGGGACGCCAUUAUGGGGAUGAUCAAGGCCAGGCAAAACCAGAAGAAGAAGUUACGCUGUCCGGUGGUUGGCUGUGGCAACACGGACGUGAAGCAGGGAGACCUGAUCCUAGAUCAGAUUAUGAAGAGACAGAUCCUGAAGAAGUAGACUACCCAGGCACUAUUCUGGGGUACGCCAACUCAUCAAACCUGACAAUAAUAAUUAGACUUUUAUUUAAUUGAGGAAAAAACAUGACUUUUUCCGUUGUGUCUGAUUGUAUUUGUUCGUCACAGAAUUGCACUAUUCUGAAGUUUUAUAUAACAAAACCUCGCUUUAUUUAUACAUAAGGGAUUCAUAUUUUUUAGUCAGUUCAAUAAAGGUUUAUUGGGGGGGGGUAGCUUAGUGAUUACAGCAUUGGGCCAGUAACUGAAAGGUUGCUAGAUCGAAUCCCUAAGCUGACAAGGUAAAAGAAAAUCUGUCAUUCUGCCCCUGAAUAAGGCAGUUAACCUACUUUUUUUCCCUGGUAGGUCGUAUUUGUAAAUAAUAAUUUGUUCUUAACUGACUUGCCUAGUUAAAUAAAUAAAAAACAUUUUAAAAAUAUCUAUGCCUUUGGUGUUGAGAACCUGCAGUUACUGUAAUAGACCACUGGGGGGCAGUGUCGUCCCUGGAAUACACCACAAAGGGAUCAGGAGAGGAGACUCAGGUCAUGAAGAGAGAAGCUGGAUAAUCAGCCUACUUAUUCUGAGAGAGUUGGGCUAAAUGAAUCAGAGAAUGUGGGUUUCCUAAAUACUUACAAACAACAGAAAGAUCAUGUCUGUAACAUACAAAGUGAAAAGAUUAUUGAAUAAAUUAUGUGGAAAUGAUCAAAUAUCUAUUUUCAGUUCCAUCCUAAAAGUAGACCAUUUCAUUGUGUGAAAUCUGUGAAUCAAUUCAGUUGAGUGAUUAAAUCUGUCUCCCCUCCUGCCUCUCAUCUCUUGCCUCUCCUCUCCUGCCUCUCCUCUCUUGCC